AUGAACAACUGGCUCGCUGACCCACCUUCCAUCGCAAACACCAAUCAUGCCGGCUUCGCACCUUCGGCCGAUCCAUCAAUGGCGUUCCUCCAGCCCAACUCCACCAUCGAUCCUUCUCAGUUCCAGAAUCAACGCUUCCUCAACGGCGCAGCUCGCAAUCCAUCCCCUGCCUUCCACAACCAGUUCCCCCAACUCAACCCGGUAAUACCAACAAAAAGGCCAAGAGAAGACAGCUUAGUUACUUCACCGAGACAAGCUACAGGCGGUUUCCAUGUACCCUAUGGUGGGUUUAAUCCUGCUUCGAAUGGCACACCACACUUUCAGAACGCUCCCACUGCUUUCCAGCAUCUACAGGCGGGUUCCACUUCAAACGCGUCCCCGUCGCCCACUCCUCAAAGUCACGUAUUUCCCCAGCAUGCCGGUCAGCAGCGUGUCGCAACAGCCUCCCCAAGCCCCUUCUCUCCACAUCACCAUGGCCCACAAAUGUCUCCAGCGCAUUCGGAUCAUGCGAGCAGAGUCGGGACUCCACACGACAAUCCAAAUGGAUAUUUGCAACCUGGCCACUUUGGCCAACAACUCAACCAAUCACAGUUUGGUCAAGGGAUUGUUGCUGCGAACAACCAUAUGCCGAUGAACCCCCAGCUCAACAUGGGUCAGCCGUCAAUGCAGCAAGGACUUUCAUCGCAGCAACGUGCAUAUCAGAUGCAGAUUCAAGCUCAAGCGCGACAGUUACAAGUUCAAGCGGCCCAGACAAGGCCAAACAGCAGCGGAAUGGGUCAGAUGACCAACCCAGGUCUCUCAAUGCCAAAUCCUCAAAUGGCAUCAAUGCAGCAGAUGCAGCAGAACGCUAGGAGUCAAAUAACACCAGAAACAUUUGCCAGAGGCUUGCAGUCUUUUAUGCAACAGAGGGGGAUGCCAGUGAAUGUCAAUCCUGUCAUUUGCGGACGACCCCUCCCCUUGAUGCAGCUUUUCUUCUACAUAAUCAAAGCUGGGGGCUCAGUCAAGAUCACGAAAAUGAAUCAAUGGCCACUUGUUGCGCAGCAUUUUAGCUUCCCCACGUCUCACAUAGGACCCGCGGCGCAAGAGCUUCGGGAUUAUUGGAAUCGCAAUGUUGUUCCGUACGAAACCGCCUGGGUUGCCAAACAGCACAGGCAAGGUCAACAGGUGCGGCACCCGUCCGGGGACUUCGAGGCACAACACCAUUUACAGAGCCAGAUGUCACCCAACAAGCACAACUUCCCUGUUUCCGACUUUCACCAGGUCGACCCAAAUGCCAUGAAAAUGAACGGCGCGAAUCCCCCACAGCCUAUGAACGGCUACACGCCGCCUUCCCAGAUCAAAGACCAGCCAAGACAACAACAAGCGACUCUUCAGCAGAGGAAUAAUUUACCGCGGCAAAUGGACAACAAACGCGUCAACGGCGUACCAACGCAGUAUCCACCUACCAAAGGACUUGACACUGGACAGGGCAAGGUCAUAGAAAUGGAAGCAGAACCUCAAAUGCCAAGGAAGCAGCCAAUAGAGGACCCGUUUAAGCCCGAAGUUCUACCUGGCAACGAGAGUGGCCUACAUGGCCCCAUCAAGGUGGAUGAAAUGGUGAACAUCACGUCCAAUUUGCUAGACCUCAAACCUGUCGUUCCCACCUUUCGCGAGCUUGGUACCAUCGAUAUACACGCCUUGAACAUGAGUAUCAAGUCUGGUAUCUCAGCCGAGGUUCGUUUGACGUUGGAUACCCUCACGAUAAUCUCGCUAGACCCUACUAUACACCUCUCACUGGACGCUUGCGAUGAUUUGGUGGAAUCUCUUGUUGACUGUGCUCAGGAGCAAGUGGACUUUCUCGCCAAGAAUGCGACCGAGGUAUCAGAUGAGAUGUUGAUAUGGUCUUAUGAGCAUGUCAUAAGAAGCUGUCGAGUUGAAGCUGAAACAAUCCAAGAUAUUCAUGAGAUGGGAAGUCUGGAGUAUGACUUGGAUCGCGCAGUAGAUCGACUGAUAUGCAUCACAACGCUUGUCCGAAACUUCUCUUUCUAUGAGACGAACUUCGGUUUGCUAGGCAUGCCAGAAGUGGUCCGGCUUCUGACCUCUGUCAUCAAGCAUCUAGGCACGAAGGAGAUGUUCCUACGAUCACAUCGGAACACUUUGGAUUUCAUGAAAGAUGUUAUCAUCUAUCUGAGUAAUCUAUCGCACUCCAUUCAGCUUCCCGGCAGGGACGAGGCAUUGUGCUUAUUGCACUUUCUACUCUCUUUCGCCCCUUGUCCGCACCCUGUCUCGAGUACAUCGAAUAGCGUCUCGUUUGCCAGCUACGAUCCAAACAUCCACAAGUAUACGCCGUCUGCUGUGGACAGCCUUGCUAAACUCCUGGCUCGUGAUGAUCCGAAUCGGUCGUACUACAAAGCAAUAUUUUCGGCUGACGCCACAUCCUCGCCUCCGUACGAGCUUCUCACACGUACUUUUGGUCUUGCCAUUGCACCAAUUCCCAGCAAUACAAAAGGGGCAGCGCUUGCGCUGGUUGAAACUCGAAAGCCUUUCCUGCUGCAAGGCAUGUUAGCUGCGGAGAUACUGUCCAACCUUGCCCCAGGGUCUGAAUCUGACGUUGCCAGAUCAUGGCUCAGCUCCACCGAUGGCUUUGCUUUGACUCUUCUGAAGCUCGUUCUGCUGCUGGCUACUAUUCCACGGCCUCCUCCAGCUCCGUCACGGCACCCUCAGCAACGAGGUAUGCAUACUGAGCCUGACGCAGAUGCCAUCAGUGCGAUCAUGCAUCGCGGUAUUGCCGUCCUGCGACGCUUGGCUGAAAAGUCCCGAACAGUUGGCGGUGAGACUGGCGACUUGACGCUUCCGUUAGGGGUGGUACCCAGGAAAGAGACCUUGGUGGGAGCGUUGAUGUCGAAGGAUAUCGACUCAUAUGUGAUCCGGCAAUUGUGCAUGUAUGCAGGCUUGGAGGAUUAA